CCACCAGCACCAGAUAGUCCUGCCUCUGAAGGCAUCCCUCAUCAGCCCCCCCUCGUGCCAUACCAAACAGCUCCAGAUGCGAUGGGCCUUUUCCGUAUCUACUCUGCACGUCCUACCAUGAUACCAAAGGGUGAUGUAGGUCUUGAUGCAGCCGUUGAUGCUCCUACCCUGGAUCGUGAUCCUAGUGUCGGGAGUUCUCAGAUUGCGACCGGACUUCCUUCUCCAGAGAUUCGGCCCGACAACCUUUUCUCUCCUUUCAGUAGCCCGACAGCGGGGCUCCUCAUGUGCUGGCAGUACUCUGUGGUUAAUUCCAAGUCGAAUGCAGAGAUGAAACACCUC